AGCCUAGUAUAUAUAUAAACAUGUAUUUAUGAUUUACAAAAUAAUAUUUUGAAGAUAAUUCACCUGACCAGGGAUCCUAGAGCAAUUAUUUCAUCUCUGAAAAAGCUUCCCAAGAACUGGGAGCCUAUUCUCAAGAACGAAGGAAAACUUAUUUGUGACGUAAUGAAAUCCAAUAUUCGUCUUUUUCAACAACUCCUUCAUAAGAACAUUUUAAAUAACGAGAAUUAUCACACUGUAGUUUAUGAAGAUUUGGUAACUAAACAAGUUGAAGUUAUAAAUCGUCUUCUUAACUUUAUGCAGCUGAAUUAUACACAGGAGGAGCAGAAUCUUGUACAAGAGCACUUCAAGACGUAUAAGAAGGGAUACCUCUCAACAUACAGGGGUAAACAGUUUCCCAUAAACAGAUGGGAGUUUGAACUACCCCUGGAAAGUAGAGUAGUUAUUGAAGAAAACUGCGCAGAUCUACUUGUUCUAAAUUCUAACUAUGAAGAAGAGGAGGAGGAAGAAGAAGAAGAAGAAGAAGAAGAAGAAGAAGAAGAAGAAGAAGAAGAACGAGCAGAAAAAGGAGAAGAUGAAAGAGAUAAAGAAGAAGAAGAAGCAGUUGUAGAAGAAGAAGAAGAAGAAGAAGAGGUGGUGGAAGAUGAGAACCAGGAGAACGAAAGCAAAGCAGAAGAAAGUGACGAGAAGAAUAAUAAAGAGAGUUUUGAAAAUGUUUGAAAACUAAACAAAUAAACAAGGUUACCAAGACAGACUAAGACUUCAGAUGAUUUUUAGUAAUAACAAUUUGGUAAUGACAACUUGGUAAUGAAAAUUUGGUAAACAAAUUUGGUAACGAAAUGACAAUUGCUAAGUAGGUUCCAGUGACAACUUGGUAACUACAUAAAACUUAAAGUGGUAUUUUGGUAACGGCAUUGUGACAGCUUUUCUUUGUUUCCAUGUUUAUAUUUGUUUCCUCCAUGCAAUUUGAAAGCUUGGUAAAAAUCUAAAUUUAAAUUUAAAUUCUUCCUUAAUGUAUUGAUAUAUAGGACGACUACUGUAGACCGAGGAUUAAAUUUAACUUUCAUAAUUUUAGCAUUUUAGGAAGUGAUUAAAGCCCUUAUAAUAGCUGUCCUUGCAGUAUUACAUAUUUGCUAAAUAUAUAAACAUUUAUUUAAGUGA